AUGAUAGACCAUAAGGAGACUAAACAUGGCGUCCGCGGUGACGUUAACACGCCAGCAACAGUUGUCCUCAAAGAUAAAGAAGUGCAAGCAACAGGAAAGUACUGGACAAAGUCUGAAAAAAACCAAUGGGCUUUUGGUUUGUUCUGUGGCACAGCCAUGUUGUAUGCAUCCAGAACAAUUAUGCCAAUGUGUGUGGUGACGGUCUCUAAGGAGAUGGACUGGGACAAGACAGAAUCAGGUACUGUGCUGUCUGCCUUCUUUUGGGGAUACACCAUGACACAGUUUCUUGGAGGAUACCUUAGUGACAGAAUUGGGGGAGAUGUUGUUCUCCCCAUUGCUGCCUGUAUGUGGUCUUUGAUCACAUUUUGGACACCACAGCUGGCUUUUCUUUCAAAUGAUAAGCACACUGCAUUAUACAUUGUUGUUCUUUCUCGAGUUAUGCUUGGAAUGUGUCAAGGUUUCCACUACCCAGGCAUGACAAGUAUUAUUUCCCGCAAGGUACAUGAGCAAGAACGUUCCCUGACAUACAGCGUGGUGUCAACAGGUUCCCAUGUUGGAACCCUACUUACAGGCAGCUUUGGAUCUUUGCUGAUGGAAAAUUAUGGGUGGGAAAUCCCAUUUUAUGCCAUUGGUAUGCUCGGAAUAUUGUGGAUGCUGGUGGCAAGAUAUUUUCUCAUUGCUCAACAUCGGGAACGCUAUAUUACUGUGGGAGCUGUUAGUCCUUUGCCAGGACCUGCUACAGUCAAAGAACAUCAGACUGUGCCGUGGAUUACUCUUCUUACAAAACCUGCUUUUUGGUCAUUGCUGGUUGGUCACUUCUGUGAAAACAAUGCAUUUUAUAUUUUGUUGUCUUGGCUGCCCACUUUUUUCCAUGAAAAUUUUCCAUCCGCAAAGGGUUGGGUUUUUAAUGUGGUACCUUGGGUUGUUACAAUCCCGAGUUCUGUUGGGAGUGGCUGGCUGGCAGACCAUAUGAUCAGAAAGGGAUACGCUGUAACUGCAGUGAGGAAAAUAAUGGAAACGAUUGCAUUGUGUGGAACUGCACUGUUUCUGGUGUUGAUCUCCUUCACUGGCAGCUACCACAGUGCCCUUAUAUGCAUGGCUUUGGCAGUCUCAUGCUGCGGUUUUCACAACAGUGGCAUUCUUGUAAAUCCUCAAGAUAUUGCCCCACGACAUGCUGGCGCUGUCUUUGGUAUCAUGAAUAUGGCAGGUGCAAUACCAGGGUUUGUGGGUGUGUACAUUGCAGGCCACAUACUAGAAACUACAAAGAGCUGGAGUGCUGUCUUUAACCAGACAGCUGGGGUAUGCAUGGUGGGCUGGAUUGUUUUUGUUGUGUUUGGAACUGGCAAACAAAUUGUAUGACUAUUAUUGACAGAUGUAUGUGCUGGAGUGUGUGGAGGGUCAGGUAGGUGGAGUGGUUUGGGAGGAGGAGAGAGAACAUCUUAUCACUUUCUAAUACCUGCCACCUAUACUUACAAAUAUUACAUAUUACAAGUAUUACAUGCAUUUCUUGUAUGCUUGAUGUGUAAGUUGUUCUUUCUAGGCUGGUGGAAAAUUUUUUAGGUAGAAAUAUAUACCUCCAGUCUGAAAUCCGUUUCAGGCAUAGUUAUUUAUUAAACGCCUAUUAGAUGCAGUUGGUCUCAUGCAUGUUGAAGGACUAGUGGGUAGCCAUUUUUUUUUUAUGACUGGCUAAAGCUCAGUGCAGGAUAAUAUUUCCCCAAAUCUGGGUGAAUUCUCACCCAUUACAUUCUUGAGACGCAUGCCUGCAAACAUCAUUGUGCACAGAAAGAGGUCAAAAUCUCGAAGUCACGUUUGUACUGAGAUAUGCUUAAUUAAAGUGGGAUCCCAGCUCUCCUGUUGACUGGGAACUGUAAUGUUAUCUAAGUGCAAUCCUGACUUCUGUGUUUGCUAGCCUCUUUCUGCGUAUCGAGGUGUUUGUAACAUGUAAAGAGUGGAAGGGGUAUAUUCAGCCAGAUCUAGGUAAGUAGGAUUCUUCACUAAGCAUUACUCAAUCGUCAGAAAACAAUGUUGCACCCCACUAGUGCUUUAAAAGGGUCUAAGUAUUUAUUUACCCAACUUCCCAGAAAUACACCUCUUCCAGAGCUUUUAAAUUCAUUGUAGCAUCCACAAAGAAUAUUAAAAAAAAAAUGUUUGAUGUAGUCUGUAGCAUAAAGCCUUGAUAUCCAUUUGUACAGGACUGUUGUACCUGUGACAGAAUGAGUCUUUGUGCAUUCAUGUGCUUGUGCACACCCUUACAUAUUGGAAUUUUGUGGCUGAUUAUAAGUUGUUGCAUAUGAAAUGAUUCUUCUCUAUGAUUACUCCAAGAAACAGAUUAAGAUCUGAAUUUAGGAGCUUGUUUUGUGCAGUUGAAAGAGUAAUGGCAGCUGUAGUUAUAUUCAUCAUCUUUUAUGUGAAGAGUUUCAUGAAAACUUUUUCUCACGUUGAUCUUUACCUCAGAACAUUGUCAUAUUGACCUGGAUUCAGAACACAGUAACCCAAAUUAAAUUAACUAUUCAGAGUGUAAAGUCCCCCACAUUGUCAACUCUUUACAGCUGAGAAAAUUAUGAUGAAAAUGCCAGUGGAUGACAUGGCCAAUUGUAUAACUUUUAACUCUUAACAAUUGUAUAACUAUAGCUUUAGCCCAUUUUGAAUGAUGGUUUGCAAGUUUGCUUUCAUUUUUAGCUGCAGAUUUGUAAGAACCGUUUGACAAAUAGCUGUUGUUUAUGAAAUGUGUCUUUAUGUGUUUUUUCAAAUCAUCUCAUUUAUCUUAUCAAUAAAUUUUUAGCAGAACAGGUAAUGGUUCAUGUCCACAAAGUUUCCUUCAGAGUUGCAAAAUAUGUUCACAUGCAACAGGUCUUUGUUAUAUUUUUAAAUAUCCACAUUUUUGGAUGUUGCAUUGAAAGUGCUAUGAGGGGGUAUUUGUUGGUAUCUUUCCUAAUUUAUUAUCUGUGAAAGAUUUGUUGGGAAGUAUGACUGUGUGAUGAGUAUUUGAUGUAUUAGAGGUAACAAUGAAUGUCAAUGAUUUUUUUUAAGUACAUUCUGAAAUCCUUGAAUCCUCAUUUUUUACUGUCUUAUUGGUCAGUAAUAAGUAAUUUUUUCAUUGAUUUGGGUAUAUGAUAUGGGAUCUCAUACAUAAAGUUACAGUAUUAUUCCAUUUGGCUUGGUCCUUGGUGUAAAAUGAGUGGGUUUUUUUCUAUAUAGUAAUGUGCUGAUGAUACAUUUCAAAAGAGAUCUGUAUGUUUUCCAUAGUUUUUAUUUGAAUUUGUUGAAAAGUAUUGCCUGUUUAGUGCUAUAUUUUUUUAUGCAGAAGUCUGAAGUGCAAACAUGCUGUGACCAGCUGCCCUCCACCAUAAAAUGAAUAGUUCUGUUGUGUGCAGGGUGCACCCUUGAGAUCAAAGAUUCAAGGCAUUGUUUAUUGUUGAUCUCUUAUGUAAAGACAGAAAUGCAGAUUCUCCUUUAUGCAAAAUGGAGUGAAUUACUUUUAUCCCCAAAUAAAUCUUGGAAAUCUCCAUUAAAAAGUAUUUGUGGAUCUUGUGACAUUAGAAACAGCAAUGGAGAGUCCAUUUCAAUUAAUGUGAGAGGCUUGAGAUUCUGUUACAGAUGCCCAGUGGUAUCACAAUAGAGCAAGGGCUAGAAAUAAUGCUCGGAAGGCUGUUUCCUUUUUGGAUGUUAAUGCAUAUGAAUAAGAAAUGCGACUUUUAUCUUGGCCAAAAAAAGAUUUAUUUAUGUUUAUUUAUAUAUUUUGAGCUGGUGUAAUGUUCAAAAAACAGAAAGUAUGGAUGUAGUGUGUUGAGAGGAUACUUAAUGGUUGUACAUCUCAGGUUCAAGAUAUCACAAGGUUUAGUGUUGGUCUGAAAUCUUAUUUUAUUCGCUUGCUUUACCAUGAUGAAAAUUCUUCCCAUCUUAUGUCCUGGACAGUGGUUAGUAAAUUAUACGAGUGAAAUAACUCUUUUGAACAAGUGGGAUAUGCAGUUUACAGGGUAGAAACAAUGUAUUUCCAUGCAUUAAGAAGGAUUUUGAAGUCUGGUGAGUUUGUCUUCAAAGCAAGGAAGUUCUUUUGUUUGAGGUCUCUAAUUUGGUUUAGUUGUAGUUUGCUUUUUCUUGCAUCAUCGAAGACUCCUAUUGUUGGCCACCUGUUAAUUUUUUUUUUAUUUGUAAUGGUAUGACUCCUGUUUUCAAGGUGUGUAUACAUUGUAACAAUUUGCCUUAACAUACUAUUGAUACACUACUGUAGCAUUGUCAUUGUUAAAUCUAAGGUGCAAGAUAUAGUGUUUCUGUAAAUCUUGAUUAUAAUAAACACAAACACCAUUUCUUACUGUUGUCCAUGACACUGUGUACAUAAUUUUAAGGUAGAUUUUGCCUAAACCACAAUGAAGCCAUAAAUGAAUAUUAUUUAUAACUAUGGUUUGUUUUUCUUCUUCAUUAUAUGAACAGAACAGCACAGCACGAUAAUUUGUGUGCAGAUUUUGUGAAAGUAGUAAGAAAAGACUCAGAUACAAAAAGAUAGUUAAAACAUUUCUCUAUCAUGGUUCUUGUUUUCGCAAGAUUACGAGAUUUAUUGAUGUUUGUAUGAAGCUGUUCAGUUCUCCUGGAAAAAGAAUUUUUAAAAAAUUCAAAAAUUAUGAAUGUAUGCAGAGUGAUGAAGCUUAGUACUAGCAGAGAGCUCUUGUAAAUCACCCUCAUCAUAAAUCUUUAGUUGUAAAUUGAGAACUUUCGAGUGGUAAAAAUAGUCUUAAAAAAGCAGUGACAUUUAAGAAUUUCUUUAUCAUUUUUCUUGCUUUGUGUUGGGAAAAAAAAA